UUCGUUCGAGCUAAGGGGGCUGGACGUCUUUGUGCCGCGUGAUGCAUGGCAGCAGUGCGUAUACUUGUGCCGCUGACAAUGAGCGGCGGUGUCUGUGAUAAGUGAUCCGCGCAUAAAACCCAUCCCUCACGACCCCGUGAAAACGCGAAAAAACAGUGGCAGUGGAGAAAGAUCGCUUUGCGCGUCGGCCGCCGAUUAGAGCACGUCUCUUGAUGACUCGCGCUUUACGAGUGCCGCAGGCAAGCCGGAGCACGCAAUUAUGUUCGACGUACCGCAGAAGUUCUACGAGCUGUGUCGCCUUUGUUUAUCCCAGGAUGGUGGCAAGUUGUCCAUAUUCGAGGAUGAGGGCACCGAGCGUAACUUCGCCGCGAAGAUACACGCGUGCCUGUCAAUCACGGUAAAACAUGGCGAUUCCUUGCCGCCAAUUAUCUGUCACCGGUGUGUACACAAGUUGGACGAGCUGCACAAUUUUCGUAAAGCGUCACAAAACGCUGACACUGUACUUAAAGAGUACCUGAAUCGUGCCAAGCAACUUGCGUCUUCUAAUGAGAGAGAGUCUUUCUCCACUGCCAAAACGGGUGACGAUAGUGUCAUGCAAUCGAUCCGCAAAUUGGACAGAAUACUGUUCAAUGAGGAACUCAACUCCGAGCCCGCCAGCAUUAAUCAAAAUAUAAUACCUCAGACUCAAACGCUUCACCUAGAGAUGCAAAACAGCGACAUGACGGAGCAUGAUAAUAUUAAGUGCGAGCCGGAGGACGAUACGUGUUCCAACAGUACGGAUCCUGAGCGAUUGGAAAUUGAGGAUCGCGACGAUCAGGAGAUCGAGGGCGAGGAGAACGGUUACGACAUGACCGUCAAUAAGAAAAUUAAACUAGAGAACAGUUACGACGGCUCCAAGUCCAACACGGGAAAUUGCAGUCCAGUCAACAGAAUGGACACUCCGGAAAGUAAUUGUUCGGAUACCAACAUUGAUCAGGAAACGACAAAGCUGUGGCAAGCUCUAGCCAACAGUAAUAGUAGCCUGGAAAUCACAAGAACGAACGGUGAUAAAAUGAACAAUGGAUUCGCCGGUGAAGCGACCAAUCUGUUACGCUCUCUCAUCAACAAUAGGCAGAUCGGCAUUACUACGGUCGAUUCAGAUAGGAUAUCUCCCCAAAUCAGAUUCUACAGGGACACUCAAGGGACGACCAAUGAGCACACCUUGAGCGAUUUUUCUAUGCAUGGUAAUCGCACGAACAUACCAUCGUUGGAGAAUAAGAAUGUCUCAAUGGACAGCAAUCCAUCUAGCCCCGCGAGUAUCGGUCGCAAGGAAAUGGCAUCAACGACAAAAGGCCGUAGAAAGCAGAGUUAUCCCAGUAAGGCUCCAACGAGUCCGGAUGUUGUCACGAAUUACCAUCAUGAGAAUACCGACGACGAGCAAGCGCAUGACUUUACGACAUGGUCGAAUAAAAUAAAGAUUAAGAUGGACGAUCAGAAGCAACAGCUCGAUCAACAAAGCAGCAACAAGAGGAUCGACAUGACAUGUUCAAAUUGCGGCACCAUGACAACAACAAUUUGGAGACGAAACGUCAAAGGCGAGAUGGUGUGCAAUGCCUGCGGUCUGUAUUAUAAACUUCACGGCAUUAAUCGUCCCGUCACCAUGAGAAGGGACACUAUACAUACGCGCAGACGUAGACCCAAAGGCGAGAAGCCAACAAGGCACAGAAAAAAAGGAGACGCGGUCUUAUCGUCUCAGUCAACGACAGGAGAAUUGGAUGCCGACAGCGCGGACAUGCUGGCGGCUCUUCGACGACAAAUUCAGCCUCAUCUAAUGAUGGCAGCUUUGAGACCCACGCACAUAACUAAUGCGCAUACUCAUCCGCCUCCACCUGCCGCUUACUCAAUACCAUCCUUGCCUAGUUACUUGCUCCAGCAACAUGUAAAAACCGAAGAUCGUGUGCAGCGACAGAUGUCCGUGGACGCCGAAGAGGCAGACGAGGGCGACGAGGAGAACAUUUCCGACGUUCCCCUGAAUUUGGUAGCGACUUCUCUUUCGGAGGAAACGCACUGAGAAAAAUCCGGCCGUACUUCGCGCCUAGGUAUGCUUAAUGAAGGCUUUUCUAGACGGUCCGUUCGGUGACGUUCUCACUCUGGAUAGAUCAACCGGAAGAACACACGUGUGUUCUUCCGCAAGCGAAUUCUCUCAGCACUUUUCCCGAGAAACGUCAUUCACAAACCGAGGGACGCGAAACGUUCCGUUUUAGAAGAGAGCUGUCAAAAGCUCGCGCCGCGGCGCAUCCCGCACGAUGGAACGAGAUGAUAUUAAUUUCGCAGUAUUAAUUAUUCAAGAAUGUACAUAUAUAUACACACACACACUUACACGUGCAUACACGCAAAAGAGAGAAAGAGAGAGAGAGAUACACGUGUACAUACACAUUACCACACACGAAUGACACUGAUAAGCACACGUGAAAGAAAAAAACACGAGAAAAUAUUUUUAUACAAAAUUUUGUAUGCUCGCCCGUUGUACAUAGACGUGCCGCGGAUCCAUCCGUGAUCUACCAUUCGGAGUGGCCCGUCGUCGUUGCUCUCUCGAUUUCAAAACAAACGAUUUCGAAGAUGAACGACAACGGCAACGGCUCCUCCAAUGGCGUACCUGCAACGUCGUUUUGGCUUUCGACAUUCAACCGUAUUACGCUCCAAAUUUUAAGGUCCUUUAAAACUUUUUAUACGUUGCGUAGUAAAAAUGUUGGAUUAUUUAUUUUAACAACGCACUGUUUAAAUAAUGAAUAUUUCAAGCACAAUUUUUUUCGAACAUUAGUCUAAUGUAAUCAUGAAUAAACUUGACAAUCAAUCUCAUGAUUGAUUCCAGUUGUCUCAAUUAUGACUGAUUCAUACAUUUGAUGAAUUGAUUUAAAAAACGUGUUUCACUUAAAGCACUUCAGUGUUUUUUUUUUUUUUUUUCUUUCAACAUCUUGAGUCAAACUCGAAUAAACAAAGUUUUUAAAUAAUUGACAAUUAAAAACCGAUUGAAAUAUCAUUGAAACAAUAAAAUACUAAUUGAAUUAUCUUACAAUUUUUGCUUAAGAUUUCUCGAUAGUUGUUAUCUACAGUUAUUAUUGGAUUAUGACGUUAGAUAUGAAAAAAUAUACGUCUGAAAUUAUCGCAAUUCGGGUCAAAACAAACAAGUGUUGCCGUACGAAUCGGUUUUAAUCAAUAGCGCACAUAUACGUAAGAUAUAUCGCAUGCUCUUCUUUUGGUUCUCAACAAUGAAACUAUACUCGGCAAAAUCAAUUUGAAAUCAAAUGAAGCGCGUGACAAGUUUAGCCGUAUAUAAUUGUUUUCUCGCUUCACAAGAUAACUGCGGCGAUUAUCGAGAAGCUAUGUUUGUAGGAAUAUUUGUGUUACGCGAAAAAAAAUGUGAUACACGAUUGAUGAUACUGUGCGUGAAAAAAAAAAAAAAAAAAAAAAAACAAAUCCUACAUUUUGUACGCAACAUUUUAACAAGUUCGUCCAGUGGCGACAAAUUUGAGCGAUUGACAAUAAGGGAUGUAGAAAGAUUGGCGCGCAAUAGGUGACACUUUGGGGCCUGAAUAAAAAAAAAAAAAAA